CGAGGCUAUCUGUACUGGACGGAUUGGGGCGACAAGGCGCACAUUGGCAAGGUUGGAUUGGGUGGUAGCCAACCACGGGUCAUAGUCAAUACAUCACUUGGCUGGCCGAAUGCGUUGGCCAUUUCCUACGAGACUAACGAAGUAUUUUGGGCGGACGCUCGUGAGGACUAUAUCGCCGUAGUAGAUUUGGAAGGCCGAAACCCACGUAUCGUCCUCAGCCGUGGAGAAAACACCAACGUGCGUCUCCACCACAUUUGUGCUCUUACAGUUUUCGAAGAUUCCAUCUACUGGACCGACUGGGAGACGAAAUCUGUGGAGAAAUGCCACAAAUACAACGGUGGCGAUCGAGAAACAAUUAUAACAACGAUUCACAGACCCAUGGACAUUCAAGUGUACCAUCCGUUACGACAAAGGCCGUUAGCGAAAAACCCUUGCGAAAACAAUGGCAAUUGUACAACGUUAUGCCUGUUGAAACCCGGCAGAGGUAGCCAGUGUGCUUGCCCUGAGAAUUUCAUCUUAGCCAGUGACGAUGUCUCUUGUCUCAAUAAUUGCUCGUCGUCGCAGUUUGUUGCGCCACCACUUACAAGUGCAUACCCUUCUGGUGGAAAUGUGACACUCAGGACGAUUGUGGGGAUCGGUCGGAUGAACCAGCCGAUUGUCCAGCAUUUACGUGUAUGCCCGGACAAUUCCAGUGUAGCAACGGCCACUGCAUUCACCCAUCGUUGCUCUGCAAUGGCGAAUCAGAUUGUGGCGAUGGAUCGGACGAAACUAAGUGCGAGAAGCACACCUGUCUUAGUUCGCAAUUCAAGUGCCGCGGCAAUGGAACGCUGUAGGAUCGUUGCAUCGAUUCAAAUCAACGCUGUGACGAUCAUAUCGAUUCCGUUGGGUGAAGACGAGAAAGAUUGCCCGCCCGUAACGUGUCCGUCCAAUCAGCAUCGGUGCCGCACCGCCAGCAAGUGCAUCCCAGCUGUUUGGGUCUGCGAUGCAGAUCACGACUGUCCCGAUGGAUCGGAUGAGCCAGCCAAUUGCACUCAACGCGUUUGUCCCGACAACCAUUUCCGUUGUCGAUCCGGCCGUUGUAUUCCUCUGACUUGGAAAUGUGACGGCGAUAAGGACUGUCCUGAAGGUGAAGAUGAACCCACCUCUUGCACGAAUCCCGACAUCCACACUUGCGAACCAACCUAUUUCAAGUGUGAAAACAACAAGUGUAUUCCUGGCCGGUGGCGUUGCGAUUACGAUAACGAUUGUGGCGAUGGAUCGGACGAAAAGGGUUGCACUCCACGAAACUGCAGCGAAUCGCAAUUCCAUUGUGGCGACGGCCGUUGUAUCCGCGGCACGUUGCAUUGCAACGGUGAGUUCAACUGCGACGAUCGAAGCGAUGAGGCCGACUGCAACACGACCUGCAGCGAAGGCGAGUUUCAGUGCGCCAAUCCGAAAUUCUGCAUCCAGGCAGACUGGCGUUGUGAUGGUGAUGUUGAUUGCGCCGAUUGUCCGAUGAAUUCCAUUGCAACACGACUUGCUCGCCGGACGAUUUCGCUUGUGCCAAUGGAGAAUGUACGUCACUCUUGUGGCGUUGCGAUGGCGAUAACGAUUGCAGCGACGGGUCGGAUGAAUCCAAGGAAAUGUGCGCUCAUCUGGGUUGCCCACCUGGCAAGUUUCGGUGUCGCAAUUUCCUCUGCAACCCCCAAACAGAAGUCUGCGACAAUUAUAAGGAUUGUAAAGACGGGUCCAGCAGAAUCGUAUAGAAGUAUCAGAUCAGUAAUCAGAAGAACCAGCAGUCUGUCAGGCACAAGGACUUUGUUUGCCGCAUCAAUUUCGAUGUCGAAGCGGCCACUGCAUUAAUGGGUCAAUGGCUUGCGAUGGGUUCAACGAUUGCGGUGACGGCAGUGACGAAGUCAAUUGCCGCAGUCCGUCGGUCUGCAGCUUCGGCAGAUGCUCUCAAUUGUGCGUAGAGAAAAAGGGAGGUAAUCACAGCU